UAGAUACUUCCUGGUCCGCUUCUUUUAGACAUUUCCCGUCGCGGGCGCUGGAAGUGUGUCUUCUCAACGAUUCUAUCGUGCAGAGAAUUGCGGGGGGAGGAAUUUGUAGGUGAUUUCUGGUGUGAUCGAGGCGAGUCUCGUCGACGGAUUGGUAGUCUCCAGCUCAGUGUAGUGGUGGUAGUAGAGGUAGCCGAAGGAGGAGAUUUGUGAAGAGAGGUGGGUGAUUAGGGUGUUGCUGGGAGGGGGAGGCAAGAGGAGGUGUAGUUGGUGCGGUGUUUGUGUUGCGGAGCCUGUGUUGCUACUGAGAAUGUUUCUGGAAGUGCACAAGAAGUUGGGUAGUGGCGGGGGCAUGGUGGGAGGGGUGGAUAAUCACAAGCGUGCUGCCCUCGACUUUGUCGCAGAGCUCACUGGUUCACCACGCGCUGGGAGUGAUAAGAGGGCCUUGGAACAGAAUGACUCGCUUGUGCACGCUGACGAGCUCCCCGUGCCCAUGUUUGGGGUGGACAUGAAUAUGCGUUGCACCUUUUGGAACAGACGUGCCAUGGAGGCUACCGGCUGGACUGAGGCCGAAGUGUUUGCCUUGCCCAAGUUUACCGCCUCUUUAUUCAGCAAUCUCUCAAUCUCGGACAGGGAUUGCGAAGAUAUUCUAAAGGCUGCUCUUGAGGGUCAAGACAUAGCUCAGGAGGUUUGGACCUUGAAGACGAAGUGGGGCAAAAACGUGAAGGCAGUCCUCUCGGCUAAUGCGCGCAGAGACGGUAUGGGAGUCGUCUGUGUUAUCAUGCCGCUGAGCCCACCAAGCAUUGAACAGCCUGCCUUGAAAUUGGACUGCAAUGUGAGUGUGAUGGACCACAUGAGCAUCCUUGAUUUGGAGGAGGAACAGCUGAACAGCUAUGGUAGUCCUCGUGGAAGCGAAGAUCCUUUCCUGGCAGCCCUGGAGCAACCGUUGUCACCGUACUUCGCUGAGGUGAGAGACGCCAUUUACAUGUAUGGUGACCCCUCCAAUGCCGUCUACGAAGCUGAAGGCUCCUCUGUGUGCUCUCAAGACUGGUGCAAGAGUGAGCAGAGCUCGGAGACCCUGCGUGGUGCUAGUAACAGCCUGGGACGCAGCAGUUUGACCCAAGCAAGAGCCAUGGUCGUGGACACCAACGUUCGAGGCCGCAAGUCUCUGAGCCUUAUGCUUGAGCGUUGCGGCUUCGAAGUCUCGUGUGCGACUAACGCCGACGAAGCCAUAUUCAUUUUCGAACAAAGCAUGCAAGAUCCUGAAGGCUUCUCUAUUGUAUUUGUUAACCUUGACGCUGCACGGGGCGAAGAUUAUGCUUUGCUCCGGCAACUCCGGAACAUGGAGUCUAGCUGCAGCAGCCCAAACAUCACAGCUCGAGUUGUCCUUGUUGCUGUAACAGACCUUGACAGAUGGAAAAGCUCGAUCCACAAAGACGACAUGUCUGCAGGAUUGGACGCAGUCAUAAAUUACCCUCUCCGAGUGCAACAACUACGCGACACUCUGAACUCGUUGGGUGUUCAGAUCGACCACCUUGACUUCGCCAACAAGUCACCACGCGGGACAUACAAUUCCUGGAACAACUCUCUCAUUCUGGCCAGAUAGCAUGUCUUACCCAAUGUACCCUUCCUUCCUGUAGUCUUCUUCCUCCUCUGCUGAAAAACUCAAACAAAAACGAUUUUUUUUCCCCUCCCCAGCUUUUAGAUUAGAGUAAAAUCCAUUAAAAAUUUCUCGUAUGGUUUCUUCCAUCUUUUAAGUGAAGAUCCCGUCUCAGAAAGCCUUCACCCUUUUCAGAUGUGAUGUGUCUGGACGUUCACUCGCCAGAUGUCACAGCUAGGUUUUCGGGGGCAUAGGUUCUCUGGGUAUUGAAGUCCAACGCUUCGGUUUGUCGACAUGAGCUAGUUAUACCAGCACAUCCCGGGGCUGGAUAGUUCAGUUUCUCAGUGUUCAAAUUUCCUAGCCCUAAACUCUGGAAUGAUGAUCUCCCUAAUGCCAUAGGGUGGUCAUUGUUUGGCCAUGUACAAGAAAAUCUACCACAUCCGGAUGUCCGGGAGGGUUUGCCCUCUUCAACAAUCGGUCAUCUGUGAUGAGUAUUAUAUGUACAACUACUUCAUAUUCUAUCAAAGUAAAUAACACGACCAUCUCUAUGGUCACAGCGUACACUUA